CAUGAGCUCUUCAAGUACAGAGUCCUUUGAAGGUGAACUCUCAACCUAUUACGAGUAUUAUGAUAAUUAUAACGAUAUUCCAAAACCAUGCAGUAAGGAAAAUGUCAGGAGGUUUGCAGCUUCCUUCCUACCUGCUCUGUAUACCCUUGUUUUCCUGGUCGGGCUCACGGGGAACAUUCUGGUCAUUGUGGUCCUCUUCAAAUACAAGAGGCUGAAGAGCAUGACUGAUGUGUACCUGCUAAACCUUGCCAUCUCAGAUUUGCUCUUUGUUUUAUCCUUGCCCUUCUGGUCUUAUUUCACAGUAGACGAAUGGGUUUUUGGAACACCUUUGUGUAAAAUCAUUUCAUGGAUCUACCUGGUUGGAUUCUACAGCGGGAUAUUUUUUAUUAUGCUUAUGAGCAUAGACAGAUACUUGGCAAUUGUUCGUGCAGUUUUUUCCUUGAGAGCAAGGACUGCUUUCCACGGCGUGAUUACUAGCCUUGUUGUAUGGCUGGUAGCUCUUUCAGCAUCAGUUCCAGAACUUAUAUUUAGAGAAUCUUUUAAUGAACAUAAUCAUACUACCUGCAAGCCGAGAUAUCCAAACAAUUUCACAACAUGGAAACUUUUUUCCACUUUGGAAAUCAAUGUUUUAGGGCUCCUGAUCCCUUUAGUAGUUAUGACAUUUUGCUACUCCAUGAUCAUUAAAACAUUAGUUCAUUGCAGAAACGAGAAAAAGAAUAAGGCUGUGAAGAUGAUCUUUGCUGUCAUGAUUGUGUUUUUCUUCUUCUGGACCCCUUACAACAUUACUAUUUUCUUACAACUGCUGGAAAUGAAAGGAGUCAUUAGAGACUGUCAAGUGAGCAGGAAUCUGGACUAUGCUCUCCAGGUAACGGAAAUCCUUGGCCUUUUUCACUGUUGCCUCAAUCCAGUCAUCUACUUCUUCAUGGGCGAAAAAUUUAAGAAGUACCUGAAGAUGCUCUUUAAGAACUGGCCAUUACCUGGACAUAUUUGCAAGUGGUGUGGAGUUCACAUCACUCACCCGACUGAAUCUACCAGUUCAUUCCACACACAAUCUACGGGGGAUCAAGAUGCUCUGUAAUGUUUUUCAGACCAACCACUGAACUCACCAGCAAGCAAGCUGACAAAAGCAGGAACUUUUGAAAGCUAAGCAAAUGUACACCCAUUUAACAAUAAGCUAGUGCCAGAAAAUUACUUACUUCAGCUUUGAUUUCUGCCUCUAGAUUUUUUCUGAUUAUGAUGACAGAAGGUGUCCUAGAUGUGAGACAUUUAUGGAGACAGACAUGCAAGUGUCACU